CUUCACAUUGUCAAACCUUAACAUAGAUCUCGGUACCCUUGUAGUGAAGUUUGGCAUCAUUGAGUUUUAGAACUUCUCGUAAUGUCGGAUUUCAAGCUAGCCCGCCGAGUUGGGCAUCUUAUCGUUCAACCCGCUGACCUCCAACAUGAUCCUCCGGAAAGCUAUCUCUUCAUUCAGGAUGGCCUUAUCGUGGCAUGCGGGGUGCUGUAUGCUAUGUGCUACUUCUUUUGCAUGCUCCGAACAUACAAAGACAAGACAUAUCCAGGAGCGAGCUACGGGGGUAUACAAUACCUCUGCUUAACCAUGGCAUAUGAGAUAUACUAUGCGUUUACCACAACGUCUACGUGGUUCGAAAAGCUUGCUUUUCUUGUUUGGUUCGAAUUCGACCUCGGUUUCACAGCAAUCGCAAUUCAGCAUGCCCACAGUCCGGACCAAAGAAAGCGGCUUUUUCGGAAUAUGAUCUGCGGCGUUUUAGCUGGGGUAUUAUUCCUCUGGUGGUUGGCCAAGGUUUACCCCGAUGAGCGAGAACAGAUCACGGCGUACUGGACUGGCAUUAUCCUGCAAUUUCCCAUUGGUUGGCUGUGCUUGUACAGCCUGUGGAAGAACCAUGAUACGAGCGGCCACUCCCUUGAAAUGUGGCUUACUCGAUAUCUGGGAUGUUUCACGGCAUAUGGCGUCUUUUUCUGGCGCUAUCUAAAUGUCCCCCAAAACUGGGCGUAUGUGGGGUCAGCUUGGAGUAUUUGGACCAUUGUAUUGACUCUCAUUCCGGAAACUCUUUACCCAUUCGUCUAUGUCUGGGUCUUCAACACAAGAAAGGCCAAGCCAGAAUAA